AUGUAUGAAAAACAUUAUUCAGGCUAUUUUCAAAUUGGAAAAGUUACUGAAUUAAUAUCAAAUAUGAAAAAGAAGAUGCAAGAAAUGAUGGAAAAAUUAAUUCUCAUUGAUGAUAAUACAGAUUUAUUAAAAGAAUUAAUCAAAAAUGAUACUAUUGAACGAAAAGAAUUAAUAUCUUUUAUUGUGAAUAAUAUUCAUAAAGUACAUAGUGAAACAAAAAUGAACUGCAUAGUUGCAAUUGUUGUUAAAAUGUGUAUAAAACAUAAAACUUUAAUUGAUAUUCAUAACCAAUUCAAUUCAUUAAAUAACAAUGAUGAAUCAACAUUACAAAAAAAAAAUUUUUUUAGAAAAGUUUUCAUCGAAAUCAGCCAAUUUAUUCAAAAGAGUAAUAUUGAAGACGUCGAUAAAAUGUUCUUACUUGAUUGUACUCGAUUAAUGGGAACGGAUAGUAUCGAUAAUCAUCAUCUUUCAACAAACGAUGAUAAUAUUAUUAUAACAACAAAUGUUGUUUCAUCAUCUACUGAUGAAAAUGAAACACCGAUAAAUAUCGAAUCACCUAUUGAUACAACAAAUCCAUAUAAAGAUUUUUCUGGUAUUGAUACAGAAUCUUUUAUAACAACAACAUUACGUAAUAAUCCAAAAGAUCGAACAUUACUUUUAAAUCUUGAAAAACUUUUUCAACAAUUUAUUCAAAAUGAAGAACAAACAUUACAUCAAUUUCAAGCAAUGAAUUCUUAUGAACGAAUGAUUGUUCAUCGUGUAGCUGCUUUCUAUGGUCUUGAUCAUAAUGUUGAUAAAAAUGGCCAAUCGAUUGUUGUUACUAAAACACCAAAUACUCGAAUUCCUAAUUUUUCAUUUCAAAAUUUUAUUCCAAACGAUGAAUCAUCUAAUGGUGCUAUAACAACUUUAAAUUCUUCAAUUGAAAAUACAACACGUCGUAUAUCAUCACGUCGUAAUGAAAAAAAUUCUAAUCAAAAAACAUCUUUCGAACGUACAAAUCAUUAUAAUGAAACACGCGAUAGAAUAGCAAAUCAAUCAUCAAAUAAAAUAAAUCGAAAACAACAACGUUUUAAUACAAGUCAUCAUACACAACAAACAAAUAUUCAACCAUCAACUCAUAUUAUCAAUACAAGAACUCAGCCAAUUUACCCAGCAACAUUAAAUUCAUAUUAUCCACAACAACAAUUAAUUGAUCAUAAUUUUAAACAACAAACAUCUGGUUCACCUAUGUAUAAUUAUGUACCAAUGAUAUCUCCAACAACAUAUCAACAUGGAAAUAGUAUUCAAUUUCCUAUAUUACUUCAUCAACAACCAACUGGUCAAAUUCAAUAUGUAUUUCCUACACAUAGUUUACAACAACAACCAUCAUUAUCAUUGGAUGGACAAUAUUUACCUGUUUAUCGAUCCGAUGUUAUACCACCAGUUAUUGAUAAUAAUCCUUAUUGUCAACCACCUUUUGUUCAUUUAUAUCCAACACAUCCUUAUCCUCAAACACAACAAACAACAUUUAUUCAACCAGCUCCGUCUUUUAUGAUUCCACCUAAUAAUCCAACAUCAAUUCAAUAUGCAACAAAUCAAUUAGCAACAUUAAGUUUACAAUCUCAAUAUGAGAAUACACGUAUUUUACAAUCAAAUAAUUCAAUAAAACCUUUUCUUCAAUCAUCAACAAAUGGAUUAAAUCGAAUGCCUAUUUAUCAUCAAUAUCGCCAAAACCGUCCAUUAAAUACAAAUAAUACUGAUAAACAAUUAACACCAAUCGAGAACGACAUUAAAUCUACCAUGAAUAAUAAAUCUGAUCAAAUUUCAUUAUCAGAAUCAACACAAGAAAAAGAUUGA